AUGGCUGCUCCAGUGAACCACAACAACAAUGUCGUGCCGGCGGACACUCUCAUCACUAUCAAGAUCGCCGUCAACGACAGCUUGAAGAAGCUCAAGUUGCCUCUCCGGGAUCUGGGUGCUAAUGUGUUGCCUGAUAAGCUCCGCCACGUGCUGUCCAUCAAACCCGAGCAGACCGUCGUCUUCGAGCGCUUCUCCGACUCAUCCGGCGGUUUCGUCACACUCGACCCGAGCAAUCCACAAGUCUUCAAGACUCUCAUCCGUGCUGCUAAGGCUAAGCUGAAGCUGCGUCUCAAGGCUACCGUCACACCAAUCGAGCAAGAAGAGGAGGCGUCCACAUCCGAGGCUACACCCGCUAAACCCGUCAAGCCUGUCAUCGUUCACUCCCCCGUCUACCAGGGAUCUCCGGCCUCACGCGAGUCGAUGGCUUUCGAUCGUCGUUCAGUGGGUAGUGGAAUCUUCCAAUUCCGCGAGGCUCGCGCCUCGCAGCAGACGCUUACCAACCCCAAGGCUGAGGCACCAGUACCACAACCCUUCACGACCGACAACAAGGACUUCUUCCAGAACCUCGCGAGCCCAACCGCACUCCCUGUUCGCAACCUUGGCGUGCCAGUUGCUCAGCCAGCUCCCACCGUCAGCCACGCCUGGUCGGUGUACUGCAACGAGUGCGACAAGCCCAUGUCCGAUGCCCAUUACCACUGCAGCAUCUGCGAUGGCGGCGACUACGACUUGUGCGAGGAGUGUGUGGCUGGUGGCAAGCUCUGCUCAGGCGAGGCUCACUGGCUCAUCAAGCGCUUCAUUAAGGAUGGCAAAGUGGUCAACAGCACCACCGAGCGCAUCUCGCCCCGUUUGAAGAAGGCUAUUCGCAUUGAGGAUCUUUUGAAGAAGCCUGUGCAGGCGGAGAGUGUUGAGAUCAAGAAGGAGAUGCCUGGUGCGUUUGCUGAGGACACCAAAACCUUGGCUGAGGAGUCUCUCAUCCCUACUCGCACGUGCAACAACUGUGUUGUCGUUCUGCCAGAGGCGAAGUUCGUCACUUGCACGGAUUGCGCGGACUUCGAUCUCUGCAUCAGCUGCCACGUUGCAAACAAGCAUGGUCACCACCCAGCUCAUGGAUUCAAGCCUGCAACUGACGACACCGAGCUGUCCAUGCAAGCCGAGGCCAUGCUUCCGGCUGGUCGCAACAUCCGCCACAACGCAAUUUGCGAUGGCUGCGACAAGGGCAUCUACGGCGUUCGACAUAAGUGCUUGAACUGCCCAGAUUGGGACUUCUGCAACGACUGCGUCAAGAACGCUCGUCACAUCCACCCUCGUCACCGGUUCGCCGCUAUCUACCAGCCGAUUGCGGACCAGUACACCCAUGCCACUCGCCACUUCGGCAUCUACUGUGAUGGCCCACUCUGCAGCAGCAAGCAAAGCCAGACCUACAUCACUGGCGUACGCUACAAGUGUGCCGUCUGCCACGACAUGGACUUCUGUGCCAACUGCGAGGCGUUCCCUGGCAACCACCACAACCGCACGCACCCUCUCAUCCAGUUCAAGACUCCUGUUCGUAAUGUGAGCAUCACGACCGAGAACGAACACCCCAAUGGCGAGGUGCGCAUGAUGGGUGAUCGUAAGCAGAAGACCGAGACCGUCGUCCCAGUCCAGCAGGCUAGUGCUGCCAUUCCAGUGCAGACCGUGGCUGAGAUCAAGCCCAGCGAGGUCAAGCAGGAGGUUGUGGAGUCCAAGACCGAGCAGGUCGCUCAGCCCAUUCCUGUCAUCAAGUCCGAGGCACCCAAGGUUGUGCCGAUUCAUGCUGUUCCAGCCACCAUGCUGCAGGCGCACUUUGUCCGCGACAGCAUUCCAGAUGGCACGCCUAUGCAAGCUGGCGCCCGCUUCGCCCAGAUCUGGACGAUCAAGAAUCCAGGUCCUUUCGCUUGGCCAGCAGGCUGCAGCGUCAAGUACAUUGGUGGCGACAACAUGCUGAACAUUGACAACCAACAUCCGGCUUCCGUCACUGAUAUUGCUGCUGCUUCGGAGAGCAAUGUUGUCGGUCGUGAGGUCCAGGUCGGCGAGGAGGUUGCGUUCAAGGUUGUGCUGAAGGCUCCUGCUCGUGUUGGGGAUUCCAUCUCUUACUGGCGUUUGAAGUCUGCGGAUGGUACACCUUUCGGUCAUCGUUUGUGGUGCGAUAUCAAGGUCGGUGAGGCACAGCGUCAGCCGAGCGGCAUGGGCGUUCCACAGAACAUCCAGUUCCAGCAGCAACAGUACGCGAACAUGGCGAUGCGCCAACGCCAAAUGCAGAUUGCCCAGCAACAGCAGCAACAGGCCCAGCUCCAGGCCCAGCUUCAGGCUCAGCAGAAACAGGCACAGGUUCAGGCUCAGCAGCAGCAGCAGCAGCAGCAGCAGCAGCAGCAACAGCAGAGGCAAGCGAUGCAGAUGAUGCUUGCUCAGGAGCGUAUACGUACUAUGGCCGCGACUCAAGCACAGGACGCCCAGGCAUCUAGCUCUGGUGGGCCUUUUGGCAAGUUCAUUGGCACGCCUCCAGCUUACAACGAGGUCAACCAGGAUAUGCAGAGCCAGCUUGCGGUUAUGCGUGCGCAGCACCAGAAGGCUAUGCAGGCUCGCGCUGCUGAAGAGCAGAAGAAGCGUGAGGGCGAGGCUCCGAUCCAAAACCCAUUUGCCCACCCUCCUAUCGCUGGCCCGUCCACGAACGCCACGCAGAACAAAGCAUCUGAGGAUUACGAGGCUCGCAAGGGCCACGCUAAGCAGCGUGUCGACUUCAUCAAGGCUAAGAUCAUGCGUGCCCGUGAGGAGGCCGCACAGAAGUCUAUGCAGGAGGAGCUGAAGAAGGCUGAGGAGGCUACUCCCGUUGCUUCAGGCAGCGAGGAGAAGGUCCGUAAGAUUAUCGAGGAGGUUGAGAAGGAGAAGAGCGGUGAGACAGAGGCUGAGGAAGAGCAGAUGGAGCGCUCUUCGAUGGUCUUCCCUAAGCUCGACAAGGAGAGUCCCGCCAGCAGCACUUACCAGUCUGCUACUUCGUCGUCGACUACCAAGGGCAAGGCUGCUUACGUGGAGAAUGAGGCUGGCGAGGUCGAGCGCGAAGCUAUUCCUGCUACGCCUGUUGUUGCUCCCGUCGCUAUCUCCGAGCCCAGCGUCACUUCUCCGUCAGUCGAGGAGGAUGGUUUCGAUGAUCUGAGCGAGGAGAUUGAGAUCAUGAGUGCUAUUGCUGGGGACGAGAGCGAGGAUGAUGGCUUUGCUACGGACGAGGAGUACGAGAUCCUCUCUGUGGGUGACGAAGAGUAG